UUGCUUAACAGCGUGCCAGCAGCGUCCUUGGCAUCACAACAGCCAUGAGCUCACGAAACAAUGUUUGUUGUGCGCAGGAGAGUCCGAGCAUGAGACUCGAGCUCAAAACAAUAUUUGAUUGAUGAGUUGAAGCCGCCAAACUCAAGACUAGCACAAUGUUGUUGUGCGCAGGUGCAAUGGUAUAUGGAGCACUGACCCUGUAUCCGAAUGCUUGAGAGCUUUUGUGGUGCAGCGGGAAAGUCGUCCCCAGUCCACAGUGAAAUAUCGAAUGCUGCUGUCGCGAAGGCUCGGGGUCAAAGGCAUGGGUCGACGAUAGAUCUCCCUCAGGAAGCUAGGCGCAGUGUUGAUAGACGCAAAAGCUAUGAUCCGAGAGGGGAUAUAGAAUCAGGUGAAGUGUUGUGCGCAGGUGCAAUGGUAUAUGGAGCACUGACCCUGUAUCCGAAUGCUUGAGAGCUUUUGUG